AGACGCCGCCAAGCUUGUGCGGGGGAGAAGGAGCCGGGCAGAGCGCGGCGGGAUCGGGCCGGAGCAGCCGCGCAGCGAUCGCGGCGCCACGGAGCGGGACUCGCGGCCUGUCCCUGCCGGGCCGAGCUGCGGGGCUCCUCGCCAGGCGGCGGCGUGUGGAGCGGAACCGCGGCCGGGUGUUGGUUUUAAAGAUUCUGUGAAGAUGAAAAGGGACAUCUUAUGGUUUUACAGAAUAUAGAGCGAGACCUUCUGACAUGACGGCAAAAAAUGUUGGUGUGACUCCCACAAAUGGAGACUUGAAAGGAUUUAUAGAUCAGAACCAGAGUCCAACAAAAGGUAAUAUUUCAGUAAUCACACUACCAGUUUCCAGUACCAACUCCCCAACAAAGAUAUUGCCAAAAACCUUAGGACCAAUCAAUGUGAAUGUUGGACCCCAAAUGAUAAUAAGCACAUCACAAAGACUGAGCAGUUCAGGGGGUGUUCUGAUUGGGAGUCCAUAUAACGCAGCUCCAGCAAUGGUGACGCAGACACACAUAACAGAAGCUACUGGCUGGAUUCCAGGGGAAAGAAAACGAACUCGAGAAUUUAUAGAAUCGGAUUUUUCAGAAAGUAAAAGAAGCAAAAAAGGAGACAAAAACGGGAAAGGUCUGAGGCAUUUCUCCAUGAAAGUAUGUGAAAAAGUUCAGCGCAAAGGAACAACUUCAUACAACGAAGUUGCUGAUGAGCUGGUAUCAGAAUUCACAAAUUCCAACAGCCACUUGGCUGCGGAUUCGCAGGCUUACGAUCAGAAAAAUAUUAGACGGAGAGUUUAUGAUGCCCUUAAUGUGCUGAUGGCAAUGAACAUAAUUUCAAAGGAGAAAAAGGAGAUCAGAUGGAUCGGCCUUCCUACAAACUCAGCUCAGGAAUGUCAGAAUCUAGAGAUAGAAAAACAGAAGCGGAUUGAACGGAUAAAAGAAAAGCGAGCCCAGCUACAAGAACUGCUGCUGCAGCAAAUAGCAUUCAAAAACUUGGUACAAAGAAAUCGGCAAAAUGAACAACAAAAUCAAGGCCCCCCAGCCUCCAACUCCACAAUACAGCUGCCUUUCUUAAUUGUCAACACUAGCAAGAGAACCGUUAUUGACUGCAGCAUAUCCAGCGACAAGUUUGAAUACCUCUUCAAUUUCGAUAACACUUUUGAGAUUCAUGAUGACAGUGAGGUGCUGAAGAGAAUGGGAAUGUCCUUUGGGCUGGAGGAAGGCAAAUGCUCAGCUGAAGACCUAAGAACUGCAAAAUCUCUGGUGCCAAAAGCUUUAGAAGGUUACAUCACAGACAUGUCUAUGGGAUUGUCAUGGAUGAACCAAGGAUUACUUCCAAAUUCAGCACAAGCAGUUUCACAUUCAGAGAUAGCAGGAGGCACUUCUGAUUCAAAAUCAAGUGAGAAUCCAGGGCUGUGUUUGGAUACUGAAGUGGCUUUAGCAACUGGGCAGUUUCUUGCCCCUAGCAGUCAGCAGUCCAGUAGUGCAACAUCACGCUACUCUGAGUCACGGGGAGAAACUCCAUGUUCAUUCAAUGAUGAAGAAGAAGAGGAUGAAGAUGAAGAUGAUCCUUCCUCCCCAGAGUAAAGACAGUAAAAAAUGGAUACGUAAAAUGCUGCUCAUAUAUGUUCUUAAUGGGAGUUCAUGUUUGGAUUUUACUUAGGUUUCUUGCCUUGGCUUGCACUGUGUUCAGUGAAGCAAAAUGGAAGCUUCAAAACAAAUUAAUCCAAAGUUGAAAUUGGAAACUUUUUAUAACUGAACAGAGUAACAUGCAGACACAGAACAAAGUGGUAUUUUUUAUCAACUACAACCAAGGAAAAGAACAAAGUCCCCGGAGAUUCGGCACAGUAAACAGCAAAGUUUGUGUUUUCCAUUUUGGGAUAUUGUGUCUCAAGUCUCUGCCUUCAUCAAAUCUUUACCAGAUGGGGAAGAAAAAGCCACUUCUUGUGUUGUCUUUUGGAUGUUCUACCUUUUAAAAAAAAUUAAAAAUGGAGCACGUGAAUGUGCAGAAAUACUGUUGUAGGGAAAAGGAGCUGUUACAGUAUUUGCUUUUUUUCUGUUCAACUUGUUGUAUUGAAGGUUCUUAAAGUAAUAUAAAUUGCAGGUUAUUAAAUCAAUCUUGGAUUAGCUUAAAUCCAUUUUAGAUACUCUGAAAGUAGCUUGUCUCUUUUGAAAGGUUCAUACGUUUGUUUAUACAAGUGAUACACUUAUGACAAGUGAUUAUUAGCCAUUAUUAAGCAGUCAGAUAGAAACGAUAUUCUCUGCACCAGCUUUUUCAAGAAGAGAAAAGUGGAAACAAUAAUUGAUGGAUUACAGCCUAUCCCUAUAGCUUCUGUUUUACUGUUCAAAUGUUAUAAUCCAUCUGACUUUAUAGCAUGUAUAUGAAAAGAAAGCAAAAAAAAAAAAAAAAAAAGACAAAAAGAAAGAGGCCUCUACAUAUCAGGGAUCUCAGGCAGCAGGAUUUCAAGUCAGGUAAUGGAAAGUUCAGAUUUUCAGGAAAAAAUAAAUUCUGACAAUAUGCAAUUUUCUGGUUUGCAUUCUAGUCAUGGAUUACGAUAGAGUAAUUUGCUUUCAAUUAACUUCUGCUGCACACACCUCAGUGCGCCUUUGAGAAGCAUUAGGAUAGAACAGGUUAAAAUAAUUUGGCUGAAGUUACACAACAUGAAUUCCCUUUGGACUGUUGAAUUAUACUUAAAACAGGAGGCUCCACCUUCUGUGUUUAACAUGCAUCCACUCACAAAGACCUUUGUAAAACUCCUUGUAUAACAGCAAAACACUGUAGAUGUACAGUUCUCACUGGUGUUCCGACACCCAAUAUUUUAACUAGCCCCAAAGUUAACUAUUUCUUUUUAGUCUCAUACUGUAUGUCAGUAGUUCUAAGCACCAGGAUAGUACCCGUCAGCUCUCCGUGGCAUUGUCUCUGUUCUUUAAAGAUUAGGCAGCUUAGAAUGCUGUAUUUGCUUGAGCAGCGGCAGCACGUUGCAGCCACUGAGUGCUGCAGCCGUUAUUCAUGCACAGCAUGGGCUGUGUCCACCUCAGCUUUUACAAAGCCACACACAAGCCAACGUGACUCCAAAGAACUCAGCCCGAGAUAGGAAGGUGAACCAGCACAUCAGCUACAAAGAUGGCUGUUGUACAGCUGUUAGCACAUGACUAGCGACAUACAGAACAGGUAAAACUGCAAGGAGCACACAAAUACGCACAUAUGUUCAUGCUGAAAAUCAUCCACAUCAAAACUUUUUGUAUUUAACGUUAGGACACCACUAUUACUAAGACAUACAGCCCUUCUUUGGGAAGGCAGAGCAAUCUGGCUCAUACAAACUAUAUGCAAAUGCAUAAAUGGAAAUAAAAACCAUAAGCCUGCCCUGUUAUUCAUCCUGCAGACAAGACUGUUACACUGCCCUAUGCACAUGGAUCACAGGCAACAGCAGGCUGAGAUUUACACCACCUCACUGCAACCAAAUCUGUAACGCUACCUCUAUAUGAAGAAAAGCUUUACAAAGAGAAAAUGGUAUUCUCACAGAGAGACAACAUUCUUGACUAAAAUGUGAGAUAAGACAACAAGGUGCCUGAUGCUCUGGACAUACCAUUAACUGCGUGAAUGGCGUUUCAUUUGAACAGGCAGUUGCCCUUAUUCUUAAAAAUAUCUUGUCCUGUCAUCUUUCAUUGGAAAGGGCAGCUGGAAGAUCCCUGAUGUACAGGACACCCUGAGGCACUGUAAGAGGGGAGAGCAUUUUCUCAAGUACUUAUUCCUCACUCCUCAGUACGUUAUAGGUGAAUCUACCUUCACAUUUCCCACUCAAAAUCUGCAUAAAAAGUCAAAACAGCAAAACAUUCAACAACUUCUGAAGAGCUCGAGGCACUUUGAACUAUAAGAUGUUGGCCAAAAAAAAAAAAAAAAGAAAGAAAGAAAGAAAAAGAAAAGAAAAGAAAGGAGAAGCUUCUUGCCCAGAAAAGGAGUGUUAUGUGUAUUUUAUUAGUAGUCAGAGUGCUCUGUGGGAGGAAGAUGUUCAGUGAUACCUUGCUCCCACUGAUGUCUGUCUCCAUCAGCACAGCAGCCUGCACAGCUGUUUGCUCUCCAGCCAACUCAAAGCUAUCAACUUCUUUUUCCUACUUUCUAAUUUAAAAGCACGUAACGUAGGCAGGUAACAGAGACUUCCUAAGUUAUUUUUCUGAAUUAGUGGAGUAAAGGACAAAACAAGUUAGAACACUUAGAAGAAACUUCAAAAGGAAAUUAUUUCCUUAGGAUUCUUAGUGCCAAGUUACAGCUGAGGAUGGAGUUCAACUCCAGCACCAUGUUCCUGUGGUUACACCAGAGCCUGGGAACCAGGAGAGCUCUGGGCCUUAUCCAACCGUAGUCACUCUGUACAGUCUCAGGCACGCCUUUCAGGCUUUUUUGUUGAGCUUAAUUGACCUUAAUAAAUACAAUAAAGUAGGUGAAUGCAGGACGGGGCCUCACUGAAUACAGAGGAUGUUGCAUCUGUCUUAAGCUCCGAGUAAUUAAUGAACAACAAAGGGAUUAAGAAUAUUAACCAACCCCACUGCUCCCACUAAACUGGCGGCAGUAGCGCUCAGCUGCUUUAACACAGCAGCUUCCUGCCCUGUGCCAGCAGCCGGGAUUUUCGGCAGUAAAUGCUCAGCAGCAGGACAGGCUCCAUUUUCUAGUCAAGUACCACAACACUCUGCUGGCUUGUGCUGAGCAUUCACUGAUGUGAAACAGGGUGCAGCCAGAACCAGAAGGUGACUCAUACAAGGCAGAAUUAGUAUUUGAUUCUUCAUACAAAUUCUAAUUGACAUUUUUCUGUCCCUUAAAUGCUAUUUCUGAAUGCUCUAUUCAGCAGUGCAAUGCUGUGUAAAAACCUUUACACAUUGCAGUAAAACAACAUUAAAUUUGACUUAAAGACAUCACAAACUAGAUGAAAAAAACAUGAACAGGAGACAGUGUACCUUAUAGCAGGAGACAGUGUACCUUAUAGCAUUUGAAACUCUGAUAAAUCAAAGUCUGUGGAUUUGAGUUUUAAGUUACAUCGCUGCAUGUGAAUGUUCUUAAGCUGAUGGCAAUAAUCCACCUAAUCUAAGAAGGCGCGUAUGUAAAGGUUAGAGCAAACAACGCCCGUUGAGCUGCAGUGAUAUUUUAUCUAUGUAAACUGCCAUGCACCACAGCUCAGAUAUUUCCCUUCUGGCUGUAGCUGGAAGUUGCUGAGUACACAACAUGCCAACACAAGGACUCGUGCUGAACGACCAAGUCAGCCCGGUGCAGUGUGAGUUACAUGGGCCGAACAGCCCAGCGUGUUUUAGAAACAAAUAAGUUUAUACAUAAUGUUAUGUGUGAAUUCAGAACUCAGCAGUUGAGGUUAUAGAUGCCAAGUGCUCUUUCUACUGACUAUCCCAGUGCUUUAAAUGAAGAGCGUGGCUGAAACUUGAUCACAUUUGCCACCAAGCACUGGGCAGUUCUCGUUUGUCUAAUUAGCUGCCUCUUUCCAUCUGUAAAUUAUCCAGGCACUUUAUAGAGAAGGCUUUCCUUGUAAUGAGUUAAAGACACACAGGCUUUGGAUUCAUUUAAAAACAAAGCUUGAGUGUUUAGUAAACAAGCCAGUUCUCUUGACUGACCCACAUAAUUUACAUUUUCAUUAACCCAGUUUUCAUUGCAAGAACAUCUCUGUUUCAGGAGCAUAUUUUAAAUGACCAAAAAUAAUGAAGCUGGGAAGAGACUGUGACUUUUUUCUAUAUUCUAAGAAUCCUUGCCAUGGCCAUCAUUCAGGGCAGUAUCUUCCUGCUUCCUGCCCGCUUGCUUCAUCUUAAAGGAAGAACAACUCUGCUGGCUGUUCCUCACACCAAUCCCAGUACCCUGGAACUUCUUGAGACUCUCAUUCCUUAGACUUAUCUGACUUCAUAGAUUCCCCGUCCUGCUUAGCUGUCAGUUUACUUCAGCGUUUUUAAGAGCCCAUGCAGGGCAGUUGCCAGCACCAGGCACAGACCAUUACCACGACCAGCCUUGUUCCCAGUGGUUCUGUACCAUCCUCCAGCUCUGUGCAGCUCACAGGUACUGCACUCUCAAUAGCCUUCCAGCCUGGUGGCACUGACUGUUACCCCCCUGCUCCAUAGUUCAGCCAACCAGAACAAAUGGGUUUUUUCCUGCUUACAUCUCUUUGACAGUACCCAGCAAUGGAGGAUAUCUGCCUAAGUCACAAACCAGAAAUCCCCAUUCAGAUUUGGGCAGAAGCAUCUUUGCCACAAUGUGGUACCCUGCUUCAUUUGGAGACUUCAUAAAAACCAGUUUGAAACGCUCAACCCCUUCCAGGCUUAAGCACUUCAGACAUAAGAGAGCACAGGCUAACGAGAAGCAGCUACCUGCAAUUGAAAUCCAGCUGUAGAUUUAAAUUCAACUUGUCUAUUCAGUAUUCAGGGAACUUUCCAGACGAAAUGAGCCUUUACCUGCAACUUGUUUUGGUAACAGCCCACACUGCUGCCCAGGCUCAAUGAAAUCCACCUAUUCCAUAGCAGAGCCUGGAUGGCAGUACAGCAGUACAGCAGUACAGCAGUACUUCACACAUCACGGGCAGUUAUUCUGAAUGGCCACAAAAUAAAAAUAUUUACCAAAAAAGAAACAUCCCCCCUCCCCCCCCAAAAAAAGUGUCCAAUUCUUUUAGUGGAUUUGUUAACGCUGUGAGGUAACUAACAAUUAAUAAUUGGGUUGCAGCAUUGUACAGAUUAACUGGGCCUCCCAGAUCCUCCCUGGUAAAGUAGCAGCUGAACCAAAAAUCCAUCACACAAGCUUCAGAUCCUCCCCCUUGUCUCUAAAGCCAGGCCGUGCAUACAAAAGAUACUUCACAUAGGGAAGUUUUGAUAAAGACAGAUAAACUGACCCUGUACCUCCCAGGACCUGUGGUGAACAGGCAGGAAUGCUGCGCAGAGCCGAGCCCAUGGCUGGCUGCUGGCUGAGGCAGCCCCACACGCUGCUGGCACUGAGCACAGUGACGCUCCCUGCGGGGCUCAGCGGUGUCAGCCACAAACCUCACUGUGCUGCUGAACGGCACCUGCUGACACCUGAUCACUGUGCAUGGAAGUGCCCUGUACCAGAACUUCCUUUUUCCACUGAAAACACAGAAAGCACUUACGUGAAACCAUUUGAAGUGAAAUGCAGGAAAACCUUUAAGGAGGAAGCCAGUCAAGGACAGAAACAUUACUUUUUAAUGCUGAACUUCGAGCCUGUAAACUUGCCAGGGGUAAAGGCAGAAGCAGUGACACGCAGCUGGUGAUGAUGCAAACUGCAGCAGAUCCUCAGCAUCACUCCAUUGCUCUCUAUCCCGGCUCUCUGCACCAUCUCCCUCCUCCCAAACACAGGCACAAAACAUCACAACUGUCAGCAGAAACAUUCCUCCUUUUUCUCGUGCUCAGUUCACGUCUUUGGGAAAGCCCAACUUGUUACUGAGUUGUUGGAAUAAUUUGCUGUGGAUUUCUGAAUGCUCCAAAUUCCUUUAAGUUAUACAGUACAGUUUUAUUUUCGCAGGUCUGCUAUUAAACUAUCCUGAUUGUUUCCCCUGCCCUGACAGUGUUACUUUCUACUGCCACAUUGUAUGUGGCCAGGAGUAGUGCAGAAGGAACGCGGUAGCAUUACGUGUGCUUUAAACACUGAGAUAUAAAGAAAAAUGCAUAUACAAAGUUUUACUUUCCUAAUAGGAACACUGGCAUUAGCAAACAGCAUAUUUGAACCGAUAGGAAAUAUUACUUUGUAGUAGCAAACACUUUGUAAAUAAAAACUUGUUAUUUUUUUAAUGGAAA